AUGAAUCGUCUUGUUUCGUUCCUGAUAGUUACAGUCCUAGUUUCAGGAUCAGCUAUGAGUUAUCAGAAGCAAUGGGAUUUCAGUUAUUGUGGAGAUGUGGUCAGCAACUUCAUUCCAUGCUUAGGAUUUAUUCAAGGGCAAAUGGAUGACCCAACAAAGGAAUGCUGUUGGGGUGUCCUGACACUCAAUAGUAUAGCAAAGCAGAAUCAUAGUGCUCCACAGAUUAUCUGCAAGUGCAUCGAGGAAAUUGCACUUGGAUUUAGUAAAAGGACAAAGUAUUCUAAGACUUGUUUUGAGGCUAUAGUACCAAGCCAACAAGAUGUGUAG